CGGAUACAUAACAACGGCUGGAAAGCUAGUCGGUUAGCUCCCCGGCUACGUGAGUCAGGCUGCUCAUUGUAAACAUUAUAAACGGUUUGGCUUAUUUAUCUGCAGCGGGGCGUUUCGGUGGCGCUACAAGACGAAGCAAACUGAACCAACUCACCGAGAAACGGCAUGGAGACGUUAAAUCAGGCUAAAGUCUGACGCCGUUAGCAGCUGUUAGCAGUGUCACGAGAACUCAAGGGACGUCAACUACUGUCCCGUUAUCAUCAACAGACGAUUUGUGGAGAUGCGAUGGGGAACCAGCUAGCCGGCAUCGCCCCCUCCCAGAUCCUCUCUGUGGACAGCUACUUCUCAGACAUCCACGACCAUGAGUACGAUAAAAGUCUGGGCAGCACUCGCUUCUUCAAGGUGGCCCGGGCCAAACAUCGGGAGGGCCUGGUGGUGGUGAAAGUCUUCGCCAUCCAGGACCCCUCCCUGCCGCUGACCAGCUACAAACAGGAGCUGGAGGAGCUUAAAAUUCGGCUGCACUCCUGCCAGAACUGCCUGCCCUUCCAGAAGACCUCCCUGACGGAGAAGGCGGCCAUCUUGUUCCGUCAGUACGUGCGGGACAACCUGUACGACCGCAUCAGCACGCGGCCGUUCCUCAACAACGUGGAGAAGCGCUGGCUCGCCUUCCAGAUCCUCAACGCCGUCGACCAGGCGCACAAAGCCGGCGUUCGACACGGAGACAUCAAGACGGAGAACGUGAUGGUGACCAGCUGGAACUGGGUGCUGCUCACCGACUUCGCCAGCUUCAAGCCCACCUACCUGCCGGAGGACAACCCCGCUGACUUCAACUACUUCUUCGACACGUCCAGACGGAGGACAUGCUACAUCGCCCCUGAGAGGUUCGUGGAUGGAAGCAUGUUCACCACCGAGAGCGACCAGAACACGCCGCUGGUGGACCUGACCAACAACAACCAGAGGAGCCGGGGGGAGCUCCGGCAGGCCAUGGACAUCUUCUCUGCAGGGUGUGUGAUAGCCGAGUUGUUCACGGAGGGCGUUCCUCUCUUCGAUCUGUCCCAGCUGCUGGCGUAUCGGAAAGGCCACUUCCAGACGGAGCAGGUCCUCAUGAAGAUCGAGGAUGGGAGCAUCCGAGAGCUGGUGGCUCAGAUGGUCCAGCGGGAGCCGGAGAAGCGUCUGACUGCAGAGGAGUAUCUGAAGCAGCAGAGAGGGAAGGCUUUCCCCGACAUCUUCUACACCUUCCUGCAGCCGUACAUGGCUCAGUUCGCCAAGGAGACCUUCCAGUCUGCAGAUGAACGAGUCCUUGUCAUCCGCAAAGACCUGGACAACAUCCUGCACAACCUGCGAGGAGGCUCCUCCUCCUCAUCCCAGGAUGGCAGAGAUGCGGUGCUGAGCUCCAGGGAGGAGCAGGGCCUCAUGGUGCUGGUGUCCGUCAUCACUUCCUGCCUGCAGACGCUGCACUCCUGCGACUCGAAGCUGGCAGCGUUGGAGCUCAUCCUCCACCUGGCCCCCCGGCUCGGCGUGGACAUCCUCCUGGACCGCAUCACGCCCUACCUGCUGCACUUCUGCAACGACCCCAUGCCCCGCGUGCGUGCUCAGGCCGUCCGAACGCUGACCAAGGUGCUGGCGCUGGUGAAGGAGGUGCCCAGGAACGACGUCAACAUUUACCCCGAGUACAUCCUGCCAGGCAUCGCCCACCUCGCUCAGGAUGAUGCCACCAUCGUCAGGCUGGCGUACGCAGAGAACAUCGCCCACCUGGCAGAGAGCGCUCUGCGUUUCCUGGAGUUGGUUCAGGAAAACAACGUGAACACGGAGCAGGACCUGAGCGGCGAGGACGCCGAGGAAUCGAACCACCCCAACGAAAACUACGACUCAGAGCUGCAGGCGCUCCACGAGAUGGUGCAGCAGAAGGUGGUGACGCUGCUGAGCGACUCGGAGAACAUCGUCAAGCAGUCGCUGAUGGAGAACGGCAUCACGCGGCUCUGCGUCUUCUUCGGCCGCCAGAAAGCCAACGACGUCCUGCUGUCCCACAUGAUCACCUUCCUGAACGACAAGAACGACUGGCACCUGCGGGGCGCGUUCUUCGACAGCAUCGUGGGUGUGGCCGCGUACGUGGGCUGGCAGAGCUCCUCCAUCCUGAAGCCGCUGCUGCAGCAGGGUCUGAGCGACACCGAGGAGUUCGUCAUCUACAAAGCUCUGAACGCCCUCACCUGCAUGUGUCAGCUGGGUCUGCUGCAGAAGCCUCACAUCUACGAGUUCGUCAGCGACAUCGCUCCAUUCCUGUGCCAUCCCAACCUGUGGAUCCGUUAUGGGGCGGUGGGCUUCAUCACCGUGGUCGCACAGCAUCUCAACGUGGCCGACGUCUACUGCAAACUGAUGCCCCACCUCAACCCCUUCGUCACCCAGCCCAUCAUCCAGAUCGAUAAGGAGCUGGUUCUGCUGAGCGUACUGAAGGAGCCGGUGAGCCGCUCCAUCUUCGACUACGCCCUGCGCUCCAAAGACAUCGCCAGCCUCUUCAGACACCUGCUGCUGCGGCAGAAGAAGCGCGCCGGGUCGAUUCCCGAGUGUCCAACUCCUGAGGACCCGGCCAUCGCUCAGCUGCUCAAGAAGCUGCUGUCACAGGGGAUGACAGAGGCGGAGGAAGACAAGCUGCUUGCGCUCAAAGACUUCAUGCUGAAAUCCAACAAGGCCAAAGCCAACAUGGGCGAGCAGAGCCACCUGGGGGAGGCGGUCCAGACCGGUGUUAUCGAUCUGGCCAUGCUCGGCAUCACCGGCCGCCAGGUGGACCUGGUCAAACCCAAGACCGAGGCUGAGGACAAGAGAGCCAGGAAGCACACCAAGCAGGACUCGGCCAUGAACGAGGAGUGGAAGAGCAUGUUCGGAUCCCAGGAGCCGCCGGCCACGCAGCCCGUCACGGCUGCAGAGGGGCCAGUGGGUCAGAUGAGGAAGACCACUGUGGCCCCGGCGAUGCCCGUGCUGCAGUCGGUGGCGAGUGGCCCCGCCUACCAAAGACGCAUCAACACCUGCAAGGCGGAGCUGCAGCAGCUGGUGCAGCAGAAGAGGGAGCAGUGCAGCGCCGAGCGCAUGGCCAAGCAGAUGAUGGAGAGCGCCGAGUGGGAGAGCCGGCCUCCUCCUCCAGGGUGGCAUCCCAAGGGUCUGCUGGUCGCCCACCUGCACGAGCACAAAGCUGCCGUCAACCGGAUCAGAGUCUCGGACGAACACUCCAUCUUCGCCACGGCGUCCAACGAUGGCUCCGUGAAAGUCUGGGACAGUCAGAAGAUGGAGGGCAAGACCACAACCACCAGGUCCGUGCUAACUUACUCUCGUAUCGGCGGUCAUGUGAAGACGCUGACCUUCUGUCAGGGGUCCCAUUAUUUAGCCGUGGCUUCGGACAACGGAUCCAUCCAACUGCUCGCCAUCGAAGCAAACAAACCACCAAAGUCCCCCAAAGUGCAGCCAUUUCAGACCAGGUCUCUGGACCUGCAGGAGGACGGUUGUGUGGUGGACAUUCAGCACUUUAACUCGGGCGCCCAGUCGGUUCUGGCGUACGCCACCGUCAACGGCUCGCUGGUGGGCUGGGACUUGCGGUCCAACUCCAACGCGUGGACGCUGCGCCACGACCUGCGACUCGGACUCAUCACCUCCUUCAGCAUCGACAUGCACCAGUGCUGGCUCUGCUUGGGUACGAGCAGCGGCACCAUGGCCUGCUGGGAUAUGCGCUUCCAGCUCCCCAUCUCAAACCACUCGCACCCGGCCCGGGCGCGAGUCAGACGGCUGCUCAUGCACCCGCUCUACCAGUCAUCUGUGAUCGCAGCCGUCCAAGGGAACAACGAGGUGUCGAUGUGGGACAUGGAGACCGGAGAUCGGAAGUUCACCCUGUGGGCCAGUUCUGCUCCUCCACUGUCUGAGAUGCAGCCGUCUCCUCACAGUGUUCAUGGGAUCUACUGCAGUCCAGCUGAUGGGAACCCUCUGCUGCUGACAGCCGGGUCAGACAUGAGGAUCAGGUUCUGGGACCUGGCCUAUCCUGAAAGGUCCUACAUCGUGGCAGGGGGAGCCAACGAUUCGCUGCACUGUCCGUCCGUCCUCUACAGCCGCAAGAUCAUCGAAGGGACGGAGGUCGUUCAGGAGAUCCACAGCAAACAGAAGAGCGGCGCCGCCGAGGAUUCGCCUCGCCGUGGUCCAGAGUCCCUCCCUGUUGGACACCAUGACAUCAUCACUGACAUUGCCACCUUCCAGACCACGCAGGGCUUCAUCGUCACCUCGUCCAGAGACGGCAUCGUCAAAGUGUGGAAGUGAGGAUGAGCGACACCAAAACCCUUUUACGUCAGAAACAAACGUCUGGCUUUUUCAUUGGCUGCUCUCCUUCUUCCUCAUCUUCCUCUUCCUCAAGUCUGCGUCUGGAAAAGUCAAAACUUUAACCUCAAGACGACACUCAGUAAAUUAUUCCCACUCAGCUCAUUUCUGCAUUGAAUCUGAUAGACGUGGAGUUCUGAGCUGACAGAAACCGGUCGGAGUGAAGCAUCACCAGAGGAUCUACGGUCCUGAAACCAUGAAACUUCCUGGUCCGGAUUCUCCCCUGAUGCGUCGUCCACCUCCCCCCUCUUCCACCUGAAACAUCUGCUUUGUUUGGUUUGUCCCUUUUGGGCCACCAUAGCUGCAUGGUGGAGGAAAAGGAGGCGAUCUGCCUCCUGUCUGGAUAAAAUGGUGAAUUUCUCACGAGUGAAUAACUUAAACAAAAACAACAGAAUAUUUAAAUAUAAUUCAAAUAUUUAAAUAUAGUGACGAUAUUUAAACAAAGUAGUUAAAUUUAAAUAUAGUCUCUAUUGAGUAUGUUUAUUUAAAUAAAUUUAAAUAUACUCACUAUAUUUUAAUAUAUUAGUUAUAUUUAAAUAGAUUUAGAUAUAAUCUGCUUGUUUGGUGCAGAAACGAUGUUCGUGUUGAGCGUAGAAAAGUCCAGAAAAUGUUUCUCUGACCUCCAGACCAGCAGCUGUCCAGUUCUGGAAGCUCUGUUUGGGAAGGUUCGGACUCAUCUGGACAUUUUGAGUGUGAACUGACGGAGAUGAUGUUUGUGGAUGAUGAUGAGCAAAUAUUCAGAUAAACGCAUUAAUCGUAUCUUUGGACUCAUUAGCUUGGUGUUUGAUCAGAAUCAAUAAAGCGAGAAUCGUUUGUAUUUAAACAUUUUCAGAAAGUUGGAUGAGAAGUGACUGAACGCUGCAGAAUCAUGUGACCUUCGUUUUUCUGUUCAAUAAACCCAACCAGCAGAAAA